CAAAACUACUUAUUUUGCAACUUUUUGCGCUAAGCACGUUUUCCUGUGUGCGCUUCAUGUGUGUGUUUCUGGCUCCUCUCUCCAGGAGCCACAUCCUCCUCCUCCUCCUCCUCCUCCUCCUCCUCCUCCUCCAAACAUGGCGCCGGCCCGCAGCUGUGCUGCCUCCCCGACGGACGACGCGGAGAAGCGGCGUAAGGAGCGUCGUAGGACUGAGUAGAUUUUUUUAUUUUAAUUUUUUAAUCAUGAACGUGUUUUAAAACUUGUUUAAAACGAAAGAAACAAUAAUAAAAGCUACUUUCCUCGGAACUGAGCCGAACGGGAGCUUUUACGCACGGAUUUGGAGACGUUCGUGCGUCAGAUUGUGCGCGUAACGGGAAUCCCACCUGUUCGACGAAGGUAGAUUUCGAUCCUUUUUAUCUACUAGGAUGUGAAAUCUCCCCGAUUUUGUCCCGAGCAAGCGGAGCAGACGGAGGGGAACGAAGGGGGAACUGGGGGGUCAGAGCUGGCGCUGGAGAGAACAUGUGGAGGAGCUGGAACUCCGAGGCUGUAGGGGAGUAAGUCUUUCCAGGAAAAAGGGGGACCAACAACAACAACAACAACAAGUUUUCCGCUCUUGAAGAGGAUGGAUGGAGAACAUUCUGCACUGUCAGGAGUGGAGAGGGACCGAGAGAGGCUCCCACCAAUUUACAGCAACUCUUCCUGUGUUGUUUUGGGACGAGGAGCAAAGCAGCCAUUUCCAUCUCUGGGUAACUUCAUCUCGUCUCUCAGUCAGAAGAGGGAUGUGGGAGGGCGGGGCUUUCCUGCCAGCUUUGCGGGCACCUUGACCAGCACAGUGGGACUCAGACAUGGAAGAGAACUGCCUCCGAUCUGCAAUGACGUUCGUCAGAAGCACCGACUCUCCAUCGACACUCUGCCUCCAGAACUCAAAGCCCCGUUCCCCUUGGACCCCAUCAUUCCGCUUCGAACCAAGACCACCAAAGAGUUUCAAGAGGAUAUGGAUCGAGCUGCCCUAUCAGGAGACUGGAGGGAAGUUCGGGACUUUUAUCUGACCACCUUUGAGUCUUUCAUCGAAAUCAACGCGGCCUUCAAGCGGGAGGCGAAUGGAUUGUUCAACACAAUAGAGGACUCAGGAGUCAACGCAAAGUUUGUUAAUGCCGUCUAUGAUGCGCUGCUCAGCACACCUCAAGACAUCCAGAAGUCAGUCCUGAAAGGGAUCAUUAACAGCCUGCUGAGGGAGUGGAAAGGACCUCGAACCAAAGACGAUCUACGAGCUUAUUUCAUCCUCCUUCAGAACCCACAGUAUUCGAGCACCAACACAUAUGUGAUAUACGCUCACCUGUUGCGUCAAAUCGCUGCUUUGUCUGAGGCGGAUCACCACUUCCUGGUUCAUUGGCUCAAAAGACUGUCUGCACGCCGCUUCCGACAGCUGGUAGAGCGCCUCCUGCAGUUCAUCUCCACCCGCCUGUUUCCUGCAGACCCAGAUGAGCUUCCUCCUUCGUCGAAGUGCUCCUGGUGGAUUCCCUCUGCCACCAAAGUGCUCAGUCUAUUCAGUAAGCUUCACACGAACCUCACAGCUGGAUGUGUUUGUGUUUUUUUUAAUGUUCUUUUUCUCUUUUUGUGUCCAGACGCAGCCAACAGUGUCUCCUCUCCACCCAUAAUGCCCUUCACUGACUUCUACAACAUCACUCUUGACCACAUUGACUUCAUGGAGGAGUACAGAACCUGGCAAAACUACGGCAACUCAAAUAGGUUUUCUUUCUGUCAGUUUCCGUUCAUCCUGUCCACAGUGGUGAAGAAAGCCAUCAUCCAGAAAGACUCGGAACAGCAGAUGAUCAGCCAGGCCAGGCAAAGCUUGGUCAGUAAAGUUUCUCGCAGGCAGAGAGUGGACAUGAACCUUCUGUUCCUCAACAUUAAAGUACGACGAGCACAACUUCUCAGCGACUCACUGGAUGAGUUGACGAGGAAGCGGUGUGACCUGAAGAAGAAGCUGCGGGUGACGUUUGUCGGGGAGGCGGGGCUCGACAUGGGCGGCCUGACGAAGGAGUGGUUCCUGCUGCUGGUGCGACAGAUCUUCCACACAGACUACGGGAUGUUCACCUACAUGAAAGACUCGCGCUGCCAUUGGUUCAGCAGUUGGAAGUGUGACAACUAUUCAGAGUUCCAGUUGGUGGGAACCCUGAUGGGCUUAGCGGUUUAUAACAGUAUCGCUCUGGACAUCCACUUCCCUCUCUACUGUUACAGGAAGCUCCUCAGUCCACCCACUGUACCAUGUGACCAGAAUGCCUUUGUUGGCAUGGCAACGGCCACCUUAGAGGACCUGCAGCAGGUCAUGCCUGAGCUGGCUCAUGGUUUAGGGGAGCUGCUGAGCUACGAGGGGAAUGUGGAGGAGGACUUCUACCUCACCUUCCAGAUUAGUCAGGAGGAGAUGGGCAUUAUGAAAUCCUACAACCUGAAGCCUGGAGGAGAUAAAAUCCCCGUCACCAAGCAGAACAGAAAGGAGUAUGUCCAGCUCUACGUCGACUUCCUGCUGAAUAAAUCCAUUUAUAAACAGUUUGCUGCCUUUUACCAUGGCUUCCAUAGUGUGUGUGCCUCUGAUGCCUUAAUGCUGCUGCGGCCAGAGGAAGUGGAGAUGCUGGUGUGUGGGAGUCCAGAACUGGACAUGAGCGCGCUGCAGAAAGCCGCCCAGUACGAAGGCUACAACAAAGCAGACACCACAGUCAGGUGUUUCUGGGAAGUGGUGUUGGCGUUCCCGCUGGAGCUGCAGAAGAAGCUUCUCCACUUCGCCACAGGAAGCGAUCGCGUUCCCGUCGGCGGCAUGGCUGAUCUCAACUUUAAAAUCUCCAAAAUCGAUGUUCCAACUGACUGGCUGCCCGUCUCUCACACGUGUUUCAACCAGAUCUGCUUGCCUCCCUACCGCACCAGAAAGGAGCUCAAGCACAAACUCACCAUCGCCAUCUCCAACGCCGAGGGCUUCGGCCUGGAGUGACCAGCCAGAAAGCUCAAACACACGUGUGCACGCUAACUGUCAGUGCUGCGGCGCGUCUGCUUUCCAUGGAUCUUCACGGCUGCACACGUGACUGGAAAUGCUUCGCGUUGCAAAACAGUUGGACGGAUCAAUUUAGCUUUCCCUUGUGUUUGUUUUUGUUUAUUUUGAACCUGCAGCAUUUAACUUAUUGUAUUUGCACAUGAACUCUUGUUGCUAUAAACCGGCCUAGAAGGAAGUUCUCAACUUUCUAAUUGCAGUACUGUGCAAAAGCCUGAAUCAGUUUAGAUUAAAAAUGUUUACAGUGAGGCAGCAGCACAGAAAAUGUUUAAAUCUUCCUAAACAUCUGGAAUCUGUCUGCUUGCUUUGAAUGGUUUUAAGAUGAUCGUAAGUAGACCGAGUGUGUUUGAAAGUUCCAGAAGUCUUACGUCUGUUUUUCCAGUGCUUAAUCUCAUCAAUAGCUAUGUUAAAAACAAAGCUAGCUGGCCGCUAACUAUGUUAAAACAAAGUUAGUGGACCGCUAACUAUGUUAAAAAAAAGCUAGCUUACCGCUAACUAUGUUAAAACAAAGCUAGCUGACUGCUAACUAUGUUGAAAACAAAGCUAGCUGACCGCUAACUAUGUUAAAAAAAGCUAGCUGAUCACUUAUUGUGUUAAAAAUAAAAAAAUAAAGCUAGCUGACCGCUAACUAUGUUAAAAACAAAGCUAGCUGACCGCUAACUAUGUUAAAACAAAGCUAGCUGACCGCUAACUAUGUUAAAAACAAAGCUAGCUGACCGCUAACUUUGUUAAAAAAAGCUAGCUGAUCACUUAUUAUGUUAAAAAUAAAGCUAGCUGACCGCUAACUAUGUUAAAACAAAGUUAGUGUACCGCUAACUAUGUUAAAACAAAGCUAGCUGACCACUAACUAUGUUGAAAACAAAGCUAGCUGACCGCUAACUAUGUUAAAGAAAAGCUAGCUGAUCACUUAUUAUGUUAAAAAUAAAAAAAUAAAGCUAGCUGACCGCUAACUAUGUUAAAAACAAAGCUAGCUGACCGCUAACUAUGUUAAAACAAAGUUAGUGGACCGCUAACUAUGUUAAAAAAAAGCUAGCUGAUCACUUAUUAUGUUAAAUACAAAGCAAGCUGACCGCUAACUGUGUUAAAAACAAAGCUAGUGGACCGCUAACUAUUUCAAAAACAAAGCUAGUGGUCUGUUACCUAUGUUAAUAACAAAGUGCUUAAUCUCAUCAAUAUACUGGUAAAAACUUUACAGCAUUUGCUUAUCUUAGCUGUGUUUAAUCCUUUUGCACAAUAUUGUAGUUAUCACCUGAAAGAAGUUGAGUAAAAUUUGUAGCGAAUUUCAAAUAAAAAAAAUCUUGUGUUUCCGCAUUUCAAUUGAUCUCUAAGAAUCUGGAAUCAAUCAGGUUAUUGGUCUUAAAGCAGAAAAAGUUUAUAUCUCUCAGGUAAAAGUAUUCCACGUUGUCAUACUAUUUUGUAAAUGAUGAGAAAAGUAUAUAUAUUAUUGGUCUACCACUAUAUAAUUCUUUUUUUCAAAUGUACUAAUUGGCAGGUACAAUAGUGUCAGCAUUAGUAAGCUAACUCGUUUGAGAUGUAUGAAUUGUGUGCAGACUGUAGUCACUUUGGUUAUAUCCCACAAACUGUUUUGUGUUUGCUUUGUUCGCAGCACACUGUUGUGAUUUGUUGCUGUGCAGGGAGAAGAGUGCGCCUGUAUAUCUUGUGAGUUGCUUUACGGUUUUAUUGACAUUGCCGCCUUCCGUGUUGAACAAAGGCCGCAGCAAAAGUGUUUGUGAAUGUGGAAGCCGAGCUGCAGACUGACGGCUCGGGUUUGUUUGUGUCAUGGCUGCCAGGAGAGAGAGAGAAUUGGCAGAUACUGAAUACGUUUGGUGGUUGAUUGUUUAGAUAUAAUUCAUCUUAAAAUCUGCUCUUGAAGUGAUGAUAGUUUGUCUGUGGCUACACCGGCUUGUGCAACGCUGGGAAGCUUCAUGACAAGUCAGUGCAGAAGGAAUGGAGUGUGAAGUUUUCUAGUUCUGAGGCCUUCAACGUGAUCUCAUUCCUGUUAAAGUACCUAAGUCAGUCCCUCCAGGAUUUUCUGAUUGCUACUAUUAAUGCAAAUUAAUUUGUGCACACCCCGCAAAUUUACGUUUUCAUUGCAACUUGACUACAACUUCGACCAAUCUUUCUUGAUGACCUCAAUCGUUUCCCGUGUGACUCCUUCCCUUCCCAAGAGCCGUGCUCUUUUUUAUUUUAUUUUAUUUUUUUUAUCAAGCACCAAUUCAAAUUCUUCCCUUCUCCCUUCCCCUUCAUUUGGCCCUCCAAACGGUGAGUUAAGAGAAAAAUGAGUCUCAUCAUUCGGACGUUACUUUUGUUCAGUGACAUCACCAAUAAUCGCCAGUCUGCUAGCGUUAGCGCGGAGCGGUACAGCAACAAGAACGGAUAUCACUCUAAGAAAGUAAAGAAGAUAAGUGGUUCUGGAAAAAGAAGCAAAAUCUGGAACCACUUCACUUUGAUUGAUAAUAAGAGUGUAGAGUCUGCAUACAAAAAAAAAUGAUAUAGAAUUGCCUCCAGAACUAAAAUUGCAACUUUUUUUACAACUUUUCACAAAAGUUGCCGCAACAUCAGUUUUUUUAGGCCGUAACAAUUAUAAAUAUCUGCUGCAAAAUCCUGGAGGGUCUGUUUCAGUAUCUUUGGUUACUAACCUCACAGAAAAACAGAUAAAGCAGUUAAAGUUACGGUUUUGUUUUAAAACUCGAGUGGGUUGAACUGACUUUGUUCCACUGACUUUGAAUGCAAUUUUAUUUUAUUUGAAAAUCUGUUUUUCUGUUCAUUUUAAAGCAAGAAUUCACAAUUGUGUUCAUUUCUGAAGCAAAUAAAUUCCACUUUUGUUCACUUAAAAUCAUACUGUAAAAACAGUUUAUAAUAAUCCAACAAAAGUUUGUUUUAGAAUACAACUUUAACCAAUAAAUUGACAUUAUUAGAAGUUGAGUCAAAAUUGUGAUUAUAGUAAAGUCCCACUCCAACCAUACUUUUUUCUAUCAUAAAAUCGUUCCCAGUGAUCUUUUAAUUAUGACGUUUUUAGCUAAAAUCAAAACUAGGACAUAUUUUUUUUCCACACAGGCAGUAUUAGAAAUACAAUUCUGGGUUGUGACCGGGACUGUUAACUCUGAGCAACCCCGGCCCCUCUUCCCAGUUUAAGCUAACAUUAGCCACACAAAAAUAAUGUUCUUAACAUUUUCAAGCAUCGAGUUUUCUGAUCCAACACAAUAUGAAUUGAGAAGUACUUUGUUUUAAUUGUAAAUUCUUUAUAUUAAAAUCCCACCAGUUGUCACCCACCAAAGUGUGUGAAAUGUGACCCAUCCCCUGGGGGAGGGGUGAGCUGCAGACACAGCUGCUCUCAGGAACCAUUUGGUGGUUUAACCCCCGAUCCAACCCCAAUCAAGCAGGGAGGCACUGGGUCCCAUUUUGGUUUGGAUUUGAACUCUCGACGUUCCAGUCUCAGGACGGACACUCUACCACAAGGCCACUGAGCUGGUAUAUAGGUUUAUAGGUCCUCUACGAUGGGAAAAACGCUACAAGAACAUGUUAAGAAACGCCAAAAAAGGAGGAUUUUCAUUGGUGUGGGUCUUUAAAUGGUUUGGCAGCUUUAUGUGACAGUGGAAGUGCUCUGAUUGUUGUCUUUUCCGAUCAAAACACAUUCAGUGGAGCUGAAGUUUUCUUCUCUUUUUUUCAGCUGCUUGCAAAGGUUAAAAAAACUUUUUCUUAAACUUUUAAGACUAUUUUGGCUUCAUCUGCAGCAGAUACCUCUUUUAAUGAGUUCAUUUGAUUAUUUGAAGCUUGAUUUAUUCCUAGAAAACCGUAGAUUACGAAGCGGGAGAGUAAGUGCAUAAAGUCGUUAUGCCUCUUAAGUGCAAUAACUGGUUCUCUAUUUCUGCUUAAAUUAAUUCAGUUUUAACUUGUUUCAUACAGUCAUAACUUUAACUUUCUUCAAAUAUCCAUUUAAAACACAAAGGUAGAUCAGAACUGAACCAUACAGCUUGGAUUUCGAACAAAAAUGCUCCACGAAGGCCUUCUGUAACUUCUGAGUGUGAGCAGUCUUGGCUCCGGACCAGCGGAGCUCCCCUAUAGAAGGUUGCCAUGGCGAAACCGAGCUAAAAGAGAAAUUCCAGUAGCCGAGCAACGGGCCAGCAACCUCUGUGGCUGCGCUGUCCAAAUUUACAUCCGUCUAAUCUGGGUCACUUUUUUUACCGAACCGCAGGAGUUUAUGUUUGGGCCCAAAAAGCUUCUCUUGCAACAAUGCAUCCAUUAUGCAAGUCUAUAAACUAUCUCGAGCAAAAGAAGUGAAGAAAAAUCAGUUUAGCGGAUGAUCAGUUGGCUGAUUAAACCAUUACAAAUCUAGUAACUUUCUAACAUUCUGCUUCUAGAAGGUGACAUUUAAUGAAGGCUGAAAGGAGCAUUUUAUACAACCAUUUAUAGAACUUGUUUGCCUGCUUCACCCUGAUUUAUAAAAUCUAAUCUGGCCACUUUAUAUUUAUAGUGUCUGUCAUGUAAAAAAAAAGUUAAAAAACUAAACAGUGGAUCCUUUUUGCCAUGAUGUCGGUUCAGAUCAGCACAAGGAAGCAAGAAAUGUAUUUUUACUUUAAGUUUGACGUAUUAUAACCAAACCUCAUCAUUGUUUAAAGAAGAUUUUAUGUCAUUUGUUGUCUGUAAAAAGGACCAAAGUGGAUAAACAGGAGAAAGAUCUUGAUAAAAGUCUAUUUGAAAAUAGUUCAGAUGGGUUCUAAAAGUUUGCUCAGGUGUAAUUACUUUCAUGUCAAGUAAAAAAAGUUUUUCUUUUAAACUGUAAACCUUAAGGUUGAUCGCCGUCUGUCCGACGCGGCGCACAUCAGAGCCUGUUGGCCAGGCAUGACCCAGUUUUGUAAAAUGCAAAUGUGUUAUGCUUCUCUGUCACUCCGGCCUUAUGUAAUGCAUUGUGUGUACAGCUGAGAUUCAACAGUUACAGUAAAAGUUCACCUCUCAAGUUCAAA